GCAAGCGCUCAGGGGUGCUGAAGAAGACGGUUUGGGGGACAGCGCCUGCGUUCAAGGCGUCGCAGAUCAGACGACGACCCUCCAGCAGGACCUUGCCCUGCUUCUCGCGGAAUGUUCUGGAACGGGCAACGCUCACCAACCUCCUGCAAGGUUUUGCGCCACGAGGAGUUUGUCGAAGGCUGCAAAGCAACAUGCAACGGACCGUAUGAUGGCAAAUGGAGCAAGACUAUGGUUGGUUUUGGACCAGAGGACGACCAUUUUGUUGCUGAGCUAACUUACAACUAUGGAGUGGCCGAAUACCAACUUGGAAAUGAUUUUUUGGGGCUCACUCUUCAAUCAAGCCAAGCUGUCAGCAAUGCCAAACGUCUGGGAUGGCCCCUGAGUCAGGUGGGGGAGGCCCUGUACCUAACGCAGGCUCCAGGCGGGUAUCGCUUCUACAUUGUGGAUAAAGAGCAACCUCCCACCGAUCCUGUGCAGAAGGUUUGCCUCGGUGUAUCGGACCUGCCGAAGUCCACUCACUACUGGUCAAAAUUGUUGGGAAUGAGGGUGAUGGAAAAGAACGAGGACAAGAAAACAGUCCUGCUGGGAUUCGGAGAUACACAGUGUAGACUGGAGCUCCACGACAUCAAUGGGACUGUAAAUCAUGGAACAGCAUUUGGGAGGAUUGCCUUUUCAUGCCCUCGCGAUCAACUUCCUGACCUCGAGGCCUUGAUGAAAAAGGAGAAUCAGAACAUUCUUACGCCGUUAGUGAGCUUGGACACACCUGGAAAAGCCACUGUGGAAGUGGUGAUUCUGGGUGACCCGGAUGGUCAUGAGAUUUGCUUUGUGGGCGAUGAAGCGUUUCGACAGCUUUCUUUGGUGGACCCCAGAGGAAAUGAGUUGCUUGAUCAGGGAAUGGCUGAUGACAAAAGCAACGAGUGGUUUGCCAAGCACAAUAGACAGAAAGCUGCUGCCUGACAUGAACAAAGCAGUCUGGGAAAACUGUCAACUUUCACAGAGCUUUAUUAAAAAUUCUGCACUAGAGGCUCCUUCACUUUCAAUUAUGUAGCACUUAAAGGACAACAACGUUGCAUUUUGAUGUCUUGUUUUUCCAUACAACUAGAUGGACAGUUAUUUGCUGCAAAAGUAAAGGGUGUGGGUCUGAAACACCACAUAUAUUGCACACAGUUUGGAAAGCGAUGUUCUUAUUGUACAAAUCUAACAAACAAAAAAUCAUAUCACAACAUUUAAUUUGUUUUAAUAGCAUGCAAUUAUUUCUGCAUUUCUUUGCAUGUGUUACAACUAUUUUUGAAAGACCAAAUCAUUGGUUCUCAACUGUUGUUACCCAGGGACCUGCAUUUUUUACUGUUCCUAAGUCGUGACCCACUUUUACAGAUGUGAACAAUAAAGAACAUGUACAGUAUUGUCAAAAAUAGCCUUUGAAAACAUAAAUGUAUAUUUAAACAUUACACAUGCUUACAGUAUAUGUUCGAAGUGCCUUCCUGCCUUAUUGUACUGUGUGAAGACAUUCUUACGCUGUUUGUAACCUCAAAAUAUCGGCUGCUAAACUGAGGACACCCUAUAAUUUUUGGAUCCCGACCCACCAGUUGAGAAUCACUGGACUAAAUACACAGUAAUAGACUGCUACAACUGUGAGGCUCACCUCGAGCUUGCCAAAUAGUAAGCCAGGCAUUUACAUCCAGCAGCUAAUUAUUAAAAAUAUUUAAUUCAA